GCCCGCGCAGAGAGGUGGUGGAGGCGGCUGGCGGCCGCCAGGGGGCGGCGGAGACUCGGCGCUGAUUGGCGGGGCGAGGCGUGACGUCCCGGGGCGGAGGAGGCUGGGCGGGGCUUUCGCCGCUGUCAGGGGGCAGCGAUGGGGGCGCAGCUCAGCACGUUGGGUCGGUUUGUGACAUACCCGGUAUGGUUUAUCUACACCACCAUUCUGAGGUUUUUCAGGAAUCCACAUCCUGCAAUUACUCUGAAGGAUCCUGAAGUGAAGUAUGCAUUGAGGCUGAUUGAUAAGGAGGAAGUUAGUCAUGACACAAGAAGAUUUCGAUUUGCUCUCCCUUCCAUGGAUCACGUUCUGGGUCUCCCUGUAGGACAGCACAUCUACCUGUCUGCACGGAUUAAUGGGGCUCUGGUUGUUAGACCUUACACUCCAGUUUCCAGUGAUGAUGACAAGGGCUAUGUGGAUCUUGUUGCCAAGAUCUACUUUAGAGGUGUCCAUCCCAAGUUUCCUGAUGGAGGGAAGAUGUCUCAAUACUUAGACAGCCUGCAAAUAGGGGAUACUAUUGACUUCAGAGGACCAAAUGGCCUACUUGUCUACAAAGGAAAAGGCGAGUUUGCUAUUCGACCUGAAAAGAAAGCCGAACCAGUUACUAAGAAAGUGAAAUAUGUGGGGAUGAUUGCAGGUGGGACUGGAAUAACACCUAUGCUACAGAUCAUUCGAGCAAUCGUAAAAGACAAAAAUGACCCUACCACUUGUCAGCUGCUGUUUGCUAAUCAGACGGAGAAGGAUAUCCUGUUACGUUCCGAGCUGGAGGAGAUCCAAGUUCAGAAUCCCGGUCGCUUUAAGUGUUGGUACACACUGGAUAGACCACCUGAAAGUUGGGAGUACAGCCAAGGGUUUGUGAACCAAGAGAUGAUCAGAGACCACCUCCCCCCACCUCAAGAUGACGUUCUGAUCCUCAUGUGUGGACCUCCUCCCAUGAUCCAGUACGCUUGCAUUCCCAAUCUGGACAAACUGGGCUACACCAAGGACAUGAGGUUCUCCUUCUAAAGAAGGCUGGUAAUUCAGUGAUCUUGUGUAGAAGGGAAGAAAAACAUUUAAUGGGGAACAGAGAAGUGUUACAGAGAUGGCUGACGCACAGUGCUGGGAAGCUACAUUUACAUUAAAGAUGCUUAGUUUUUUUUCUGAAUCUCUGGCAAGUAAGACACUUAAGCUUAACUGUACUAAAACUCUACUCUGUGUGGCACAGAAGCAACUGUGUUGUGGAAAGGCAGUGAUGCCUGCUGCUCAGCUCCUUGCCACAUUUGUCUUAUAGAAAGAUUGUACUCCAUCUCAGGGGAGGACAGCAGAGCUGCUUAGGGCAGUAAGCAAUCAUAUACAGUGUUCUUAGUGCUGUAAUCAAGUGGCAGUAAUAUCCUACUUCCUAAUGCUGUGCAUACCCAGUAUUUUAUUUGGUAUGAAGUAUGAAAACAUAUAGACUGUGCUGGAUUUUUCAACGUGCUUAUGCCAAAAUUUUAAUCCUUACAGAGCUUUUACAGCAUGAGAGCCAGGAGUAUUUGCCUUUUACACAUAAUCUUUGCAACAUCAGAAGCUUAAAGAUGAUUGUUCAGUUGAAGGGUGACAAUUAACCAUUUCUGAGUGAGGUUCUUUAAGCUGCCUUGUUAAUCGAAACAGAGGGGUGGGCAGCAAUACAACAUUUGUUUCCUUUGUAUUUUGGAAUAGUGUAUCUUAAAUGCAAGCACUUUUCUGGCUGGUGACCCUUUUCUUCCCCGGGCAAUUAAAGAAACUACAAAAAGCAGGUGGCUUUGUGCACUGUUCCACAAAUAGCUGGAAUUUUUUGCUUGGAUGGGUGUGGGAAAGCUGGAAAAAAAAAAACCCAACAACUUUUGUAUUGACUUUUAAAUAGCAGAUGGUGCCAUGGAAGUACAAAAGAAGUUGUUCUGUAUGUCCUGUGCAGUGAAAAAAAACGGUGUGUGAGAAAACUGGAUGAAGUGUUAGUUUCUUGUUUCCCCGAGAUGGAUUUGGAACGAAGGGAGCUCAGGUUUCCUUGCCGGGGGAAGGGGGUUGAGCAGGGCGCCCAGCUUUGGCUGGGGUGCCUGUACAGGCGGGGGACUCACCCGCGUCUCUUCCUCAGGCAAAGCUCCAAAGGGCGUUGCUUGGUAAGGGUGCAUGGGAACAGCCUUAAGUCACCAAACUGACAGCGAAUGCAAAUGUCUCCCUGAAUCUAAAACUCUUUCUUAGAUGCUGUUCACUGUAGCUACCGAAGGUCUUUUUUUUAAAUAUACCGUGGGUUUUUUUUCAGCAGCCUUUUACCUGUUCUUUAAUAAACUUGUGUGCUGAACCUUCUGCUUCUAAGCAACAGAGAUGCUGCUGAGAUUAGAGUUGUCCUCCAAGGAAUCUAUGAAACUAAAAAUCUUGUUCUGGUGAUGAAAUCAGAGUGACCGAAAUGAUGUUUAGUCAUAUAUGAAGUAAUGUGGAUGCUAGUCAGCUACAGGUGUCACGUAUGAUACCAUUUUUUAAAGACUUGGGAAGCUAUUUGAGGUUAUAGCUUACCAUGUUUUCUUUGUGCCUGCACAGCAAAUGGGUACUGGGCACUUAAAAGGUUAAUUUCCAGCAUGAAUUAAAAGUACUAAAAGGUUUUCCAGUUAAUUUAAGGCACCUCAAAUGGAUAAUACUGUUAUUAACUUAAUUAAUUAGACGCUUGCCUCUGAAGUCUUGCAUUUUUGAUGUGCACUUCUGAAACUUUUUUCUUUAAUACCAUGCUCCAAAGUUCAAACAAUACUCAAGGAAGUUUCAAUCCCUUUUUCAAGAGGCAAAAAGAGAAAUAUGAGAGAAAUUAUCUUGCUGCUGGUUUAUAUCACUGUGGGAUCUGCAUAGAUUUUUGUUUUUUCAUUAUUGUAUUUAAUGAAGUUUUCUUGUACAAAAAAAAACAAACUACUGGCUGGUUCUGCAUCAACUGUUUUGUGUUGCUUACUCUGCUUAUUCAGUUGGUGCUUUUUUUCUGUAUAAGAAAUAAAGUAUCUUGCAGGUGAUUCACUGGUGUGUCACUGAGCAAAUCACCUUCAACCUUGUAAAAGACAAACAACUUAUAAAGUCAAAAUUAAAAACAAACAUAUGAAAGCCUGUGAGAUUUGCUUUCCGAAGCGCUUAUCUCUUUUGUUUGAGUUUGGUGAAAACUGCUGUAUUUUGAUUCUGAGUCAAAGAGUAACAUUCUCAGUUUUUCUCCGUAUCACUCUAAUCUAUUCUUUUUACCUUUAUUUUGUACAUCUUCCUUGUGAAUAUGAGGCUCUUUUAAUAAAUAAGAGGCAUUUUAUAUAAUCUACUGAAACAAAA